AUUUAGAACUUGAAUUGACUGAUCUUUCAGACAUGAUACUAUACUCUAACCCUUAAAAAUCAAAAUCUAGGUCUUAAUUCUCCAACUCUUAUACCGCAAGAUCAAUUUCAUUAGAAACAAUAAUCGACGGUUAUGAUUCGUCCAAAUAUAGGGGAAAAAUUCAAUGCACCAUCUUAGAGUUUAUAGUUUAUGAUUUAGAUAAUUAGGACCUAGGGUUCACUCAUUAAGGAUUAGGGUAUAGUAUCAUGCCCAAAAAUCUUGUUAAUUCAAGGUUUAGAUAGCGUUUUCAUACUCAAGGUAUGUGGUACCCCUGAUUUCACCCGGGGUAGGCACCAUAUAUAUAUAUAUAUAUAUAUAUAUGGAUACAACUCGUAUGCGUCAGACACAUACUAUGCGACAGGAUUUCUACACCAUAGAUCUAAUCUAACGCUUGUUAUUAAAUCUAAUUUAAUUUAUUAUUAAUCAAUAAUUAUGAGUACCCAUUAAUAAUUAUACAUACGGUAUAGUCCUCCAACAAUUUAAACCAUUAAUUUUACUAUUAAAGUACCUUUUCUCAUGCCUAUGUAGGUUUAAGUAACCAUAUUUUGUUAAAAGUCUGCCCAUUGAAAUUGUUUUCGGAUUGAAUUUUUAUUUUCUUCUUUGUUUAAAAAAAAGCAAGCUUCUUCUUCUUCCCUCGUUGAAAUCGAAGAAAUAACAACACAGUAACAAACGAACUGAAAAGAACCCUAUUCCCAUAUUUCCAACAUACAAUUAAAUUCUAGAAAACACAGUAGCUUGUUCGAAUCAGCCUAUCUAACCUAAACCCAAUAUCAUUGUUCAGAAAAGUUUCCAGCAAACCCAUGUCGAUUGAAUGCUACAUAUUCGAGUUUGAAAUUCCCAGGGUUGGAUCACACGGAUGAGCUGGGCUUGUCGCGCUCGAUGAUAGGGAGAGGAUGACGGUGAAUUUGUUGAUGCGGCAGAGGAUCCAAGGUCUUGCGGGUACGGGGUUCAGUUAGUCUGGAUUCAUCCCUAUAAUGGAAUUCGAUUGGGACAGCGGUGGGUUCAACAUGUUUGACUGGAGAGGAAGAUGAUUGGUCCGUCUAUUGUUCAAAAGAUUGCAGGGAGAAAGGGGAAUGUAGGGUUGCCGGAGAGGAGAGACGCUGGUGGGAUUGGUCCUGGGAUAGUGACAUGGGCUCUCCGGAUAAAAGAGACGGCGGUGGGAUGGUGACGUGGGGUUGUCGGAGAAGAGAGACGGCCGUCGGAUUACGGUGGUGAGUGGUGAUGGCGGCAACUGGAUAAUUGAGAAUUUGGGAUGUCGAGAAUCGAAGGGGCCAAGGAAGACGAUGAUAAAUGAAAAAAUGCCAUCGUUUUGUGCUCGUCUCUGAAUCGAAAGUGGCCUGGAGAACGGCGUCGUUCUAUAGGCGUAGCUGAAAAUAGAAAUUUUGAAAUGGUAUGAGGGUCGAACCGGCGUCCUGGUCAUUACCAUGUGCAGUUUUUAACAUUGCUGCUGAACAAGUUUUUUGAUUCAAUAUACUUUCACUAUUAUGUUUACAAUUUAUAAAUGAGUUCUUGUAAAAUUAAAACAUAAAACUAAACUAAGUAGGCCUUUUGUACCAGGCCAAAUAGGGCUUAGUCGAGCAGAUCGGCAGCUGUCCUCCCUUUGUCUCUUUCUUUAUUCCACCAACAGAGAACAAUAAUGAAUUGUAAAAAAACAACAGAGAACAAUAAUGACAAAGUUGAAAAAAUGGAAGACUACUUACCUACCAAAUCACGAAAACGAUCCAUCUUCCUUCUUUUUCUCCCCUACCCAUGCGCUGGCUUCUCUGUUUUCCUUCAUACUAAAACUCAACCACCCUCCUCCUCCCUCCGCCUCCCCCUCCGCCUCCGUUGCAUGCACGUCUCCGCCUCCGCCGGUCAAUCAACCGUUGGUCGCUCAGUAGCGGUCUCCUCCUCCGGGCCACCAUCGCCGCCUGCCACCUCCGCCGCUAAUUCGCUCUAGCGGUUGUGGGAAGAAUAGCGGAGGAAAGUCGCCAGGACUAACCACAUUGGUUAUGGGAAGAAGAGCGGGCCACCAUCAUCGCAUGCCACCUCCGGCGCUGAUUCGCUCUAGCGGUUGUGGGAAGAAGAACGGACCACCAUCGUCGCCUGCCACCUUCACCGCUGAUUCGCUCUAGCUGAUUCGUUCCCGAUCUGCUCGAUUAACAACGCGGUGUCGCCGGCCACGUUUCCACCGCCGCAUGUACUUUUCUUUAAUUGAUUGUUAACUAUUUGGUCCCUUGUAUUAGAAUAGUUGAUCAUAAUGUGUUUUUAAUUCUUAUACUCCUAUAGAACAUCCACAGUACGUGCAAGAACAGAAAUUGAGUAGGGUUUCCGACUUCCGUGGUGUAAUUUUCUGACAAUGGAUGAUGUAUCGCAAUGGUAUCUGUAAGUAUUGUUUACCAACUAAUCCUUACGACAGUCUACUCCGCUUCCUUUUCCUAUUGUCAGCCAUUACUAAUGGUUAUAUUUAUAGGGAGUUUAUGGUUGAGCCUGGUUUCGUUGCAAAUCUGAUGUAUGAGGAAGCAGUAGCUAUGUCUAAUUUUUUGGAUUCAAUCGAGCUUAUAUUGUUGCAAGAGAAUGGUGACGGUGAGGUUAUUGAAAUAAACUUUUUUGUCAUUCAUCCUUCUCGAUCUCGUUUGCACUUAUUGUGUUUGUUAAUGCUUGUUAUUAUUUUUUUUUUUGAAAAUCCAUUUCUUAUUUUAAACACCAGGGCCCUUGUUACCUCAUCUCCGGACGUGUCACCGAGUUGAGGACAUCAUGGUGUGUUGCAUGUAGAGUUCAUUUGAUCCACUUAGUUAUUGAGGAUGACUAUUUGGAUGUUGAGGUUGUUUUCCCAUCAACAAACUUACGCAAAAUCCUUGCAGAUGUAGUAAGUGAUGAAGACAUGGCCAAUGCCGAUUUCAACUUGCUUGGUGGAAACUCUUAUGAGGUUAUGGUCACAUUGGGUCCUUGGAACGAUGCGUAUUUUGAGCUGUUAUUGGUAAAAUUAUUUUUUCCUCCCGGAAUGAAUACCAUUUCAGCAAUGUCAAUAGAAUCUACUUAAGUUGCUUAGUGUUCGCCUUAAUGUUAUUUCUCUUGUUACGCAAGUGUACUAAGUGUGUGAACACAGUGCUUUUUUGUACGGGUUCUGCCCUUCUUAAUGAAUGUUGCUUGUAUCUUUCUAUACUUAUCGAAACAUUUAUCAAUUACUUAUAAACGGGAUUAGUUGCCUAAUGAAAAGUUAUGAAAAAAAAUUCAGGUUAAUUUUAUUCAAAUUACUGUAUCAUCAACAUCCCAAACCCCAAUUCGACUAUCCAAAAGGCCAUCAUCUGUUCACCCAAACUACCCCAUAGCUAACCAUUUAUCUCACUAUCAUCAUCAAAACCCAACAGCCAUCAAAACCACGGUUAUCUCCAAUUACUUCCCAGGGAAGACGACGAGACAUGACAAACGUCGUCGUUUGUGCUCGCUGCUCAAGCGAGAGUGUCCCCAGGACGACGUUGUUCCACAAGCGUAGCUGAAACAUGGUUACAUGGAUGUGUUUAAAAAAAUAAGACGAUAUGAAGAACCGAACAGGCGACCUUGCGAUGACUAUAGCCCAUUUUAACCAUCACUGUUGUACAGGUUUUUUUAUACCUUAAACGUACACGUUUUGUAUACAUGUGUUGUAACAAUUAAACAUAAAACUAACCAAAAAAAUAAAACUAGGGAACACAUGACUUCUUAGAGUUGUUAGAAAAGAAUCGAUGAUAAUAACAAAAAUAAUUAAGGAAGUAAAGCAAAAUAAAUGAAGACGACGGAAUUUUUUGUAUAGAAGUCAAUGGCUUUACCGUGACUAUAUUAUAUGAAAAAGCUAUCUACAUGUGCAUACCAUGCAUUUGGACAAUAAACCUUCCAUACUACUCACUAGAUAUAUCUCUUUCGUCAAAACAAUAUGUUUUCAAUACAUUAUGUGGUUGUGA